UGUGCUACGCUUUUUUUACUUUGUAAAGCCUGGCAACCCUAACAGAACACCGGUUUGAUUGAUUCUGAACUCUUAUCCCAUCGCGUCCAAAAUGUUUGUACUUAUAUAAUUUCGAGAUAAAUGCAGUAAUGGAUUCUAUUAAUACCUCUAAACGGAAGCCCAGACGCACUUUUGGCACUCCAUCCUACGCGUAUCGCAACCGAUUUGCUUAUGCACUAUUAGCCGCUGGAACAGUGCUCUUCGGAAUUUGGAAUUUGACUCCUAUUCAACGCAUUGCCAACAAAAAACUAUCCGAGGCUUUGGCUCAAACGGAACAGGAACGGGAUAGAAAAGGGCUCUUCGAGUUCGCAGCUCCGCGCACUUCUCAAUUUAUCAAGGACGCGAUCAAGGAGAGUGAGGAGCAGAAUACCAAAUAAUGGAUCGUAAGACGCGGAAGGCCAACUUCCAAAAGUUGCAACAAGCUUCAGGCAAACUUCGGUAAUUCUACUUCAAUAUGAAGUAGUGGAUGAUCAAUAAAAUAAUAUUAUCUAACAUAAAAA